AUGUCCGAGUCGGAAAUCAAUGGAAUCCAUCUCUCAGAGACACAGCGACGUGCUGCCAUCGACCUGAAGUGUCAGAUCGCGGCAACCGGAUCGGCGUUCAUUCAGGAGCUGAACUCGCCGUGGACACAGACCAACAAUAGCACCAACCAGUCGCAGGCAUUUGUGACCAAUCGACAGGCACUGGCUAGCUUACCGCGCGAAUACACACAGUAUCUACAGAGAGGUCGUGGUGAUAAUGUGAUCGUCGAUUCCAAUCCAAACUUGGCCGACGGUAUCUUAAAGUAUGUAGAGGAUCCAACACUUAGGAAAACCGUCUAUUUCAACAGUCGUCACGGAGUAUCGAAAGAACUGCUUUUCAACCUCGAGAAGAUGGUCGGAACACGUGACCAACUUGCUAAAGUAUUGGGAUAUAAUACCUACUCGGAAUACACACUCUCUUCAAAACUAAUAGAAACACCAGAGAAAGCAAUGACAUUUUUAAAAGUAACUAUGAUCAUCUUUAUAAAUAAUAUCUCAUCAAUUCCAAAGAUAUUAAUAAUCAUUCUUUAUAAUCCUAUACAGCAAUUAUCAAAUGAAACAAGAGAUUUAUCAGAUUCAGAAUUGAAUAUGUUGUAUAGUUUCAAAUGUAAAACAGAGUUGACAGGAGAUCCUGUGUUCCAAUGGGAUUACGAGUACUAUUCGAAUUUAAUUAGAAACAAAUCAGUACAAGAUUUGAAUGCACCAACCUCUGCAGAACUUUCUGAAUACUUCUCAUUGGAGAACGUAUUAGAAGGAAUGAGUAGAGUUGUUCAUCAAUUAUUUGGUUUGAAAUUAAAACAGAUUGAAAUGAGACCAGGAGAGUCAUGGAAUAAAGAUGUUAUAAAAUUAGCGCUUCUAAGUAGAGAUGAAGGAAUCAUAGGAUAUAUUUAUAUGGAUUUAUGGCAACGACCAAACAAAGCAUCGUUGGGUGUCAACUAUGUGAUGGAACUGGGCUAUCGUAAACGCAAUUUCAAUUUGGUUACGGGUGACGUCCCAAUGAUGGAGGAUUAUAACGUGCCAAAAGUAGCGCUAGUAUGUUCGUUUGGAUCAAAGAAUCAAACCAACCAAUUCCGCUCUCUGCUGCACCAUUGCGAUCUGGAGGUGAUGUUCCAUGAAUUUGGACACAGUCUGCAUACGGUACUGUCGAGAGGUGACUUCCAACAUCUCUGUGGAACACGUGGACCUGUCGAUUUCGUAGAGAUUCCUAGCACACUCAUGGAACACUUUACAUGGGAUCACAAAAUUCUCAGACAAUUUGCCAACCACUAUUCAUCGGGAAGAACUCUCUCCAGUGAAAUGAUCAACGCCUACAAAGAAACCAAAGAUAUUUUCAAAGGAAUAGAAACUCAGAAAUUGAUAUCAUUGGCAAUGUUUGAUUUGAUUCUACAUGGAAAACACCCAAAUAUCAAGACACCAUCGGAGAUUAUGUCGAUUUUACAACAAAAGAAUCUAAAGAUUGCCGGAGAUGUUGGUGAUUCCUUCUUGUCGGGAUUCUCUCAUCUCUAUUUCUACGGAUCGUCGUAUUACUGCUACCUACUCUCAAAGUACAACAGUGAAAAGAUCUGGAAGAACUUCUUUGGCAAUGGACACAAAGUAAAUCGUGAAAAAGGUGAACAAUACCGUAGAAAGUUCCUUCAGAAGGGUUCUUCACAAACACCACAAUCCAUACUGAAUCAUUUUACAGCUUAA